AGUGUGAGAGAGAUAGAGAUAGAAAGAGACAGACAGAGAGAGGCAGGCAGAUAGAGGGAGAGAGAGAGAGAGAGAGAGAGAGAGAGAGAGAGAGAGAGAGAGUUGUAUUGAAGCAGCAACACAUUGGUGAGAACAGGGAAGCAGGGCGCGCGGCACGGGGACCCGCCGGAAGAAGCAGCAGCAGCAGCAGCUUGAGCGCGAGCUGGACGCAGACCGACAAAACACCGGCAGCACGAGCGACACCGAGGCGGCCAGCGGGGCGGAGAGGAGGAGGAGGAGGCACCUGCACCGUGACUCGCUCUCCCCCGCUGCCUCCGUCGUCUCUCCCUCUCUCUCUCUCUCUCUCCCUUUCGCGGCUGUCCUCAGCCCCCUUUUUCGUUGCUCUCGGACCGCCGCCGCCGUUUCCUCGUUAAGAUGGCUGACCCCAACAGCGACGGAGACGUACCGGAGAGCGCGCGCGGCUUCGCCCGACAGGGAGCCCUCCGCCAGAAGAACGUGCACGAGGUGAAGAACCACAAGUUCAUCGCGCGCUUCUUCAAGCAGCCCACCUUCUGCAGCCACUGCACGGACUUCAUCUGGGGCUUUGGGAAACAGGGAUUCCAGUGCCAAGUGUGCUGUUUUGUGGUCCAUAAGCGCUGUCAUGAAUUCGUCACCUUCUCCUGUCCGGGGGCCGACAAAGGACCUGCCUCCGACGAUCCUCGGAGUAAACACAAGUUUAGGGUCCACACUUACUCCAGCCCCACCUUCUGUGACCACUGUGGCUCGCUUCUAUACGGGCUGAUACACCAGGGCAUGAAAUGUGACCAUUGUAUGAUGAACAUCCACAAGCGGUGUGUGGCCAACGUCCCAAGCCUGUGUGGGACAGAUCACACCGAGAGGAGAGGACGCAUCCAGAUAUCUGCCCAAAUCACCAAGGACACGCUCACCGUCACCAUCAAAGAGGCAAAGAACCUGGUGCCCAUGGACCCCAACGGACUGUCAGACCCCUACGUGAAGCUCAAGCUGAUCCCAGAUCCCAAGAGUGAGAGCAAGCAGAAGACCAAGACCAUCAAAUGCUGCCUCAACCCCACCUGGAACGAGACUUUCAAUUUCAAUCUAAAAGAAAGUGACAAAGACCGCCGUCUGUCAGUGGAGGUCUGGGACUGGGAUUUGACCAGCAGGAACGACUUCAUGGGAUCUCUGUCCUUUGGGAUCUCAGAGCUACAAAAGCAAGGAGUAGACGGAUGGUUUAAGAUGCUAUCCCAGGAGGAAGGAGAAUACUUUAAUGUUCCCGUCCAGCCAGAAGGAGAGGAUGGUAACGAGGAGCUACGACAAAAGUUUGAGAGAGCGAAGGUAGGUCCAGGGAAGGCCGCAGACUCCUCGUCCUCUUCCUCGGUUUGCAAGUACGACAGCAACGGCAAUCAGGACCGCGUCAAGCUUUCCGACUUCAACUUCAUCAUGGUUCUGGGCAAGGGCAGCUUUGGCAAGGUGAUGCUGGCUGAGCGGAAGGGUACAGACGAGCUCUACGCCAUAAAAAUCCUGAAGAAAGACGUGGUGAUCCAGGACGAUGAUGUGGAGUGCACCAUGGUGGAGAAGAGAGUCCUCGCUCUGUCUGGGAAACCACCUUUCCUCACUCAGCUGCACUCCUGUUUCCAGACCAUGGACCGAUUAUAUUUUGUGAUGGAGUACAUUAACGGAGGAGACCUUAUGUACCAGAUCCAACAGGUUGGAAAGUUCAAGGAGCCUCAUGCUGUGUUCUAUGCUGCAGAGAUCGCCAUCGGACUCUUCUUCCUUCACUCUAAAGGCAUUGUGUAUCGGGAUCUGAAGCUGGACAAUGUGAUGCUGGACUCUGAAGGCCAUAUAAAGAUCGCCGACUUCGGCAUGUGCAAGGAGAACAUGCUCGAUGGAGUUACCACAAAGACUUUCUGUGGAACACCAGACUACAUCGCCCCUGAGAUCAUAGCCUAUCAGCCUUAUGGGAAGUCUGUGGACUGGUGGGCCUUUGGAGUACUGCUCUACGAAAUGCUCGCUGGACAGCCGCCUUUUGAUGGAGAGGAUGAAGAUGAGCUGUUCCAGUCGAUCAUGGAGCAUCACGUCUCGUAUCCGAAAUCCAUGUCCAAAGAAGCCGUUGCAAUCUGCAAAGGGCUGAUGACCAAGCAUCCAGGUAAGCGUCUGGGCUGUGGUCCAGAGGGGGAGAGAGACAUCAAGGAGCAUGCCUUCUUCCGCUAUAUAGACUGGGAAAAACUGGAGAAUAAAGAAGUCCAGCCGCCUUUCAAACCUAAAGCUUGUGGGCGUGAUGCGGAGAACUUUGAUCGUUUUUUCACACGCCACCCCCCUGAGCUGACCCCCCCAGAUCAGGAGCUUAUAGCCAACCUGGACCAGGAAGAAUUCCAAGGCUUCUCAUUUGUUAACCCUGAGUACCCUCCUACACCUCACUGACCAUGCCACAUAUCACUGGGCUGCACUAGUAACCCCCCCUCCCCCCACCCUCCCACCACCACCUCAGAAACAUACACAAAACAAUAAAAAUAAAAGAUAAAAAUCACCAUGAUGUCAUAUCCAGGCUGAAUUCAGCAGGGUUGAGAGCUUAAAGGAAGAGUUCGACAUUUUAGAAACGUUGCUUACUUACUUUCUAAAUGAGAAGAUUUACCACUCCUAAAUGUUACCCCUCCGAGAUUAGCCCAGUUUAGCAUAUAGACUUGAAGCUUGGAUCUCUCCAAAAUUCAAAAAUAUGCCUUCCACAACACCUCUAAAGUGAACAUGUUUUAUCUCAUUCAUAAAAAGUGAUAAUUUGUAGUUUUAAGGGUAGUUACAUGCUUUCACUAUUUCUUAGCAAACAACAGCCAGGUGCAUCGACUUCCUGGAGUCUUGUAAUCACACACACACACACACACACAUACACACACACUACGUAAUUUCCCCUAAAAUUCAUGAUAGCCCCAGGACCUGUGAGGCGAGGGUCACGUGACCAUCAGAGACCGCCAACAGUGUCAGUAGACUAAUUUUAAGUAGCUAGUCCAUGAUGAAGCUCACAACACAAGUGCCCAGGGAAAAUAAAAUUCUCUACAGCGAACAGAAAACACAGGAAAGCUUGAUGAUCAACGAGCCGUGUUUCUUUAUUUUUCUAUAAAGUUUUGAUGAACCAGUAGCUUACCUUACCACUGUGAUUUGAAGGUAAUCGAGCAAAAAAAAUAAAAAUAGACGUGUAGCACAGAAAUACGAUUUUAUACCCUUCAUAAAUAUUCAUGCAAACAUCAACCAUAUUUUAAAAAAAAAGACACAUUAAAUAUCUCUUCGAGCUUUAGAGGUGCUGGUAGGUGUAUGUUUGAACCAUGCAGAGAACCAGCUGUACUUAAAGGGGAACUCCACCAAUUUUACAAAUCAAAGUCUGUUUACUGCAUGUAUGAAAAAAGCCAUAUGUGUCUCCAGAAGAGAGAAAUUUCCUCGAGUAAUGUCACUUAAAUCUGGUCUGUAGUGCGCUCUUCAUCUCCGCUUGAGGUUAGCUGCUUCUAGUAUAACACACCUGAAUUUCCAACUAAGUGGGCAAUGUAGACGCCAUGUCUGGACAAGAAAGACAAAUGCAUGGACUAAGACAUUAUCUUUGCUUCUGCUGCAUCAGUUUUGAUCCUUUUUUAAAAAACUGUCCAUCAUGAAACCCAAACAAUGUUUUAGAGGGGAGAAUCUAAAUCUGUGCAGUUUUUUUUUAAAAUGCACAGACAUGAGAUCGAUAUCAAUCUUCUCAUCUCACUCUCGGAAAAAGAAAAGCGCGUUUCCCAAAAUGUCGAACUACUCCUUUAUAUAAUAUCCAGAUGGAAAUGCAGACAGGUGCGCAAACGCUAACAAUCAGGAGAAAUAUUCAGAUAAUCAGGUGUCAAGUUGCCAGUAGGAGACCAGUAGUCUUGUUUCUAGCGGUCAUUCUGUUUUCAGUUUACUGUGGAUCAGAGCAUCAAGUUAUCCUGCUGCUCUCAUAUCAGCUCUACUGACUGGAUUUCUAUCUUUUAGCGAAGAAAUGUUGCUCACUCCUGAAUGCUGCCCGGCUCCUAACACUGGCAGGUUCAGGUCACAGUCCGAUCUCAGACAGGGCCGAUCUGAACUCACUCUCUCUGUGUGCGUGUGUGUGCGUGUGUGCGUGUGUGUGUGCGUGUGUGUGCGUGCAUGUGUGCGCGUGUGUGUUUCACCCUCCCUGUAAUUGCAUAUUGACUAUGACCUAUCAGUAAUAUUGAUGAGUGUACUAUGAUCACAUAUUGGUAAUAAUCAUACUGUGUAAGUGAAAACUGACCAAUUGCUUUGCUAUGAUUGUUUGAGUACUAAUCAGUUUCCUAAUGUUGACUUUACUUUCGUCUAUAGGACCAAAUACUUCUACACUUUCUGUUCAGUCAGUGUUGUGGUGAGCUUAUCGGAAAUUUUUUUGGUGAUUUCAUUUUUAACCAGUUGGAGGAUAGAAGUCCGUAUACAUGCAGUCAGCAAGGGUGUAGGUCAGUGUCGAGUUAGUGUUUUUUUGACUGAAAGCUCAUCUCCUUUUCUCCAUUACUGAAAACAUUACACUGUGCUUUUAACGACAGAGGGCAUAUCUCUUAGCUUGUAAACAACUAUUUCUUUUGGGGGUGGGGGGGUUGGGGUGGGAUUUCUCUUUCGAUGAAACCCUGUAGAGUCUUGUGAAGCUGGUAGUUUGUUAGAGUACAGAAACAUGUCCAAAAGUGCCAAAAUAAGGUUCAGAUUCACAAGGGUGCAGUCAAAAAAUGUCCUAGAACUGUGAUGAAGGGCAGCCAUUUUGUGCCAUUUUACAGUACGUGUAUAAUUAUUAGAAUAUGCAUUAAAGCUUAUCUGUUCUCCAAUACAGCACCCUUUUAAAGUCAUUUUCAUAUAUAAAAUGAAUUGUCUGAGAAGACAAAGUGUGUUUCAAUGUGAGACUGGUUGUAUUAUCUUUUUUUUGUAACUGUGUAACGAUGCAGGGUAGUAAUGUGUCAAAUCUAGUUCUUUGAGCUCGUACUGUAUCAAAAAAAAAAGGGAGGCGGCAGCGGCAUGGUGACAUCACAUGUUGUUGUCAUGACAAAAUUCAUGUUGUAUAAAGAUGAUAUAUGAUACUGCCAGGUGAAGGAAGUGAGCGCUUAUUGUGAUGACGGUAACGAUGACCAAUCAUUCAUGAGAUAACAAGAUGUAGUAUGAGAAAAUAUAUAAAUAUAUAUAUCAAGUCCUGCAGAGAGAUAUUUGAAUAAAUUGUUAUGGAUGAGAGAGAGAUGCUUCUGUGGAUUGUGAAAUUGUCCUGUAUGACUGGAAACUGAUAAUAUACUCACUGGUGCCUACC